AACAUUAAACAGAUAUGAAUGAAAUAAUUCAUAAUUAAUUACAUUUUAGAACGUGUUUUCUUAAAUAUUUAUUCAAUUAUUUAAGUUUUUUAAAUUAUCAACUUCUAAAAUAGAUAAAUUUAAGUAUAUAUUUUCUUUAACAGAACAAGAAUUCACAAUAUAAAUAAUUAUGCAGUCAUUAGUAAAUACGCUGAAAUUUUCAUGUUCAAAAAUUAAUAUACAACCAGUUCGCCAUCGAUAUUGGAAAGACCAACAAGGUGCUCGACCAUUAAUUCGACGAUAUGGUUAUAAUGAUGAUAAAAUUCUCCAAUCUGGGCUAUUGCCAAGAUCGGCUGAUGAAAAGAAUAAAUUACCAAUGCCCAUAUAUAGGCCUAAAGAUGUUUGGAAUGAACGCAGAGCUCUUUUUGGACAAAACGAUUACAUUGAUAUUUUAGGAGAUGAAUCCGUGCAUCCUGUCCGAGUACUAUACAAUGUACCAUCGUGGUUGAGAGGCGUUAAAGGCAAUGAAUUUCAAAUAUUAUUAAGAAAGAGAAAAAUGUUACGAUAUGGUGUAUAUCCAUUGGCUAGACCAACAAAGUGGAGCCUAAUGCAAAAGCGAAUCAAAUAUUUGUAUACUUUCUUAAAUAGAAAAACUAGAACUGGAAUGGAAAAAUAAUAACUUAGUAUGUUAAACAACAUAAAAAAUUAGUAUUUAAAAUGAUUUGUAUAUGGUAAAAAAGAGAAAAACUUAAUAAAUAACAAACAGUUAUAAAACCAUUAAAAUGUGCAUUAUUCUGUAUAAUCUGUAUCAAAAACUUAUUAAACUCUCUUUGGGACCAGUUUACUUGUGUUCAGAUGCCUAUUAAGUAAAAAAGCAUUGUAAUAAAAAAAUUUUAAUUUGACUAUAUACUAAUAAAUAUUCAUUAUUAUGCAUUUA